AUGGGUGUGCAAAAAGCUAUGAAGAAUCAAACCCAAGUCGCGGUGAUCCUUUCGAAACAACUCUUCUCCACCGUGGCCAAACGCUCCAACAGCGUUUUCUCACCGGCGUCAAUCACCGCCGCGUUCACCAUGGUGGCCUCCGGUCCCGACGGUAAAGGAGAAACCCUAAAAGCGAUCCUCUCCUUCCUGAGAUCUUCUUCCGUCGAAGAGCUUAACGCCGUUUACAACCUCAUCUCUUCCUCCGUCUUCGCCGACGGUAGCAGUUUCGGCGGCCCGACGAUCAAAGUCGCUAACGGCGUCUGGGUCGAGCAAACUAUCCCAAUCAAUCCUUCCGUCAAACCUCUCUUCGAGAAUUUCUUCAAAGCCGUCUUCGCUUCAGUCGAUUUCAAAUCAAAGGCUGAGGAAUUGCGCCUGGAGGUGAACGCAUGGGCUAAGCAGCACACGGAUGGUCUCAUCAAAGACCUUCUUCCUCCUCGAUCCGUUCAUUCCUUCACCAAAUCGGUUUACGGAAACGCAUUGUACUUCAAAGGAGCUUGGGAAGAGAGAUUCGACAAGGCAAUGACGAUGAACAGAGACUUUCACCUUUUCAACGGAGCUUCAAUCUCGGUGCCGUUCAUGAGCAGCUACUACAAGCGCCAAUACGUUGCGGCUUACGAUGGUUUCAAGGUCCUUAAGCUUCCGUUUCGGCAAGGCGGCGACGUGAACCGCAGUUUCUCCAUGUAUUUCUAUCUUCCCGAUGGGAGAUUCGGUUUGGAUCGUCUUGUGGAGAGAAUGGCAUCGACGCCUCGGUUCUUGGAUGGUUACGUUCCGAGAGAGAGAGUUGCUGUUGGUGAAUUCAGGAUCCCUAAGUUUAAGAUCGAAUUCGGGUUUGAGACGUCCAAGGAGUUUAAUUUGGGGUUUGAUGUGGUGGAUUUGUACCAUAAAGCUUGUGUUGAGGUUGAUGAAGAAGGUGCUGAGGCUGCUGCUGCGACUGCUGUUGUUACUUCCGUUGGCUGUGCUUUUGUGAAGAUUGACUACGUGAGCUUUGUGGCUGAUCAUCCGUUUCUCUUUUUGAUUAGAGAAGAGAGAAGCGGAGCCGUUUUGUUUGUUGGUCAGAUGUGUGAUCCUUCUUCUUCAGUAUCUACUUGA